AUGGCUGAGGCUUUCGCGGUUUUAGCUAGUGUGAUUGGUGUCUUAGAUGUUGCUUGCAGGACAUCUGCUGGUCUCAUCGAUGCUGUUCGUACUUGGAGGAAGUGUCCUUCACUUCUCCUAGCUCUGAGCAACGAGGUCACUGAUCUCAAAGUCAUACUAGACCACCUAGCAAAGGUUUAUCAAGAUCCCGAUGCGAGAUUGAAGCUGUCCAACGAUGAACUGUCGACAGCUAUCCAAGGGCAUAUUGAGAUAAUAGCGCGCCAUCUAAGAAAGCUAGAUGUGUUGAUCAGAGAUCUGAAGCUCUUGACAUGCCAGAGACAGAAACUUAGGCUUCUGUACAAGACACGGCAAGUGGGAGAACUUGAGGGUCACUUGCGAGAUGGCCGUCUCAAGAUCAACCACCUUCUCCUUAUUCAUAACGUUAUUAUGACUGGCAGGGUAGAUGUCGAACUGAAUUCGGUCAAAACGGAUUUAACACAACUUCAUGCACAGCAUAGAAGUGCUUCUACCCAUUUUGAAGAUAGACUCAAUAUGAUACAUGAGCAGGUCAUGUUGACAACCGAACUUGUUCAAUCAUCUCAGACUGGUGCAACGGGACUGAUGCCGGAGAUGGAUAGCACACUGCCCUCACAGCAUUUCCCAGAAGCUGCAAAUCACCGCGGCGAAGAUACCCCACAGUUGUUAUUAGGCUCGACAAGACAGGGUCACGUCAAAUGCAAUGAAGAGGACAAGGCCAACUGUUCUGACAGUACUCGGAUAACAUUACAACGCACGACCACUGCUGACCAAGACACCGAGGCAGCACAGUCCGUGGUAUUGGAAGCAGAGUCUUCUGGCUUCCCACUCAAAUCUAUGCUCGAUGAACAAAGCUCGGCCAGGACAUACGCUUUCUCAGUGUAUAGCCAGUCUCCGGGCUGUCAGAGGGGUUGUCCGUGUUCCUGUCACAGUCAAAAACCGGCGGAUAUAAAAUUCUCAAUGCCUCCUCUCUUGGGGAAGAUCUGCGGAGACUUGUUCUGUAGGUAUAUAGGAUAUCCGACAACUUCUCCAAAAUGCUCCCACCGGUCGUGUCUGCGACAGGGUCAGAUGCACCUGCGUAUGAUCUACCUCUUUCCUGGCUGGUUUAUACGGAGAUCUCUCGAACUACUGAUAAAGAGAUCUUUCGGAGGCAUCACGUUCAGUUUGAAGACAUAUCGCGAAUUGCAGUGGGAAUCGGGCAGCAUAUACCAGUGCGCGAGGGACGGAAACGUCCCACUACUUGAACAACGCCUCAGAGAGGACCCGACAUGCGUGAACGCUCGAAUAGUCGGUCGUGGCGGCACUCCGUUGCAAAUUGCUCUCGCACAUGCCGUCUCUGACCGUCAUGUGAACCUCGUGGAGGUCCUGCUUCGAAACGGCGCAGAUCCCUAUAUGGCAGGGACGGGAAAUAUCCCGGUAAUAGCUAAAGCUACCGAAUUUAUUUUGAGCAAUCGAAUACCUCGGCACAUAUCCCGCAGGAUUACGGAGCUAAUGCCGAUAUCGGCGUAUAUCGAUGAUAUAGGCCUCAGCUUUCUCACCAAAGUGGUUUUGGGGUUGUGCCCAAUUGACCUUAAACUGGUACUUGAAGGGGCCGACCGUAGCGUCCUGCAACAACUGGAGAGUAGAGAUGAGUAUUCAAGAACGCCUCUUCAUUGGGCUGCAGCGUUGCAGGACGGCUUGAGUGUUCGCGAGCUACUGAAAGCCGGUGCCGCUGUAAAUUCACCUGCUGAUUUCAUUCAGACCUCCGUAUUACACCUGGCUGUCCGGAAGCGGCUUAGCGAAGAUACGCACUUAAUUGAUUGCUUGUUGGAAGCGGGCGCCGAUGUCAAAAUGAAAAACGAUAAUGGCCAGAGCGCAUUCGGCUAUGCAUGCUAUCACACCGACGUGGCCACAGCUCGCAAAUUAUGGAAAGCUGGGGGGGAUCUCAACGGCAUUGAUAGUCCAUUAACGACUGCUGCGGACAACAAUCGAUUUGAUAUCAUGAAGUUUCUACUUGAGGAAGGUGCGGAUAUUGAGCAAGUCCAUUUGGCUUCAAAUCAAACGGCGCUUCUUUGCGCUGUUGAAGAGAACGCGCAUGAGUGUAUUGAACUGCUUUUCAAAUACAAGGCAAAUUACACUCAUAUGAAUUUUCAACAAGAGACGAUUCUGCACUUGGCUGCUCAAGGCGCAGACCUCGAGACAAUCAAUAUCUUGGCGAAACAAGAUUUACGCGGCUUGGACCCGGCCGUGCGUAAUGCGUCUGGGAAGACGGCUCUGGAGAUCCAGGAACUAUACGGUCCGCGGGAUCCUACCAUAGCACAAGCUUUUCAGAAUCUGGUUCAUUCCAUCGAACGCAAGAGGAGUACGAACCAGGGUUUACUAGAUGAGGAUUUAUUUUACGAUGCUCUUGAGGAAUGA